AUGUCGGGCCUCGAAGCAAUCGGGAUAGUCGCUAGCAUCCUGCAGAUAGCGGACCUGGGCGCCAAAGUCUCCGUCAAGCUCUGCUCCUUCUACCGCACCGUGAAAGAUGCUAAUCAGUCAAUGCAAAGCCUGUCCAGUGAUGUUUCCCUCACAUGCAGUAUCCUGCAGGAACUAGGCAAGGCCCUCGAGCAGGACGAGCAGACCAAGCUCUGUUCCCCGAGAGCCUUUGACACAGCCCAAGAUGUUCUAGCAGAGUGUAAGACUGUCUUCGAGGGCAUCGAUAGUGCAAUGGAGAAACAGAGCCAGGAAAAUGCGAGAAAUGCAUUUCUCAGAAGAGCACGGAAGAUUGGGGUGGCUUUUAUGGGGCCGAACUUGGAUUUACUGAAGAGUAACCUUGAAAGGCUCAAGUCGACCAUCUUGCUUAUGCUGCAUGUCAUCAUGUAUGCGAGGCAGCUUCGCCAAAAAGUGGAGACGAGCCCGCGAGACGACCAGCGAGACCUGAUCACAACUCUGAUGAUCGAGAAAAAAGCCAACGAUGCCAAAUUCAAACUGCUCACCAAAUCCAUAGAAGCUGUGGACCUCGACAAAGGCUUCCAGGUUUUCGCCGUAGAGGCCCCUUCUACACCAGAUCCAGACCAAGAGCUCGAAAAGUACUACAGCCUCGUCUGCAAGCUGUUGAAUGAGAUCGAUAUGUACCAAGACAGCCUCGAGAAAGGUCGCCAUUUUCGAAUGCGCACGGGUAUUCUGAACCUGCACUCUGCCGAAGCUACAAUCUUGAAACACACCCACGGCAACCAGUCUGUCGGCUCGUACGAAGAAGCAUUCGGGCUCUUAAGCUCGGCUAAUGCCAAGCUCCCAAAAGGUGACAAGCGAGACACUGAAGAUGAUAAGAAGGAUAAUACCAAACCUCCUUCAUCCACCCCGUCUCGUCAACCCUACGAUAGCACGAUCAGACGUCCUGCAGGCAGGGUUGAUGAGGGGCACGGUGAUGAUGUUUACCAUACUCGUUGCGAGAGCCGUACAGAAUGCGGCGACGAGACACUCAUUUACCAUCCCGCGGACAGAGCCAAUGGGGGGGUCUCAUACCAUCUUGAGUCUGAUUAUCGCGUGAAACGUCUAGUUGAGCCAGCCAUUUCAUCCGAAAGCUACGAGUACUAUCCCAGACCGAUCAUUGUUCGCGAGCCCAGUGUCCCUGUUAGCGGCUUGGUGGAGAGGCAGGUAGCUCGUCCUAGACCUCUAGAUUCUCCGCGUGGGCGACAGCGUGCGCGCAGUCCCUUCCGCCAGCGUCUGAUGGCGACUGCUGAAUUGGGCUCUGCUCCCCUUGCUGGGCCAUAUGAAGACAUGAAGGCCAGCAUGACGCAGAAUGACCCAUCCAAGAACGAAGCAAAUGACGCUCCAGUGGAACACGCGGAGGAAGAUUGUAACGGAACCCCAGAUAUUUCUUUGGAUUCUCUCCUCCUGCAAUGGACGACGCUAUCCCGCGGAGAAAUUUCAUAA